AUGACUUAUCAUAGCCGCGAGAGAGUAUUUCGCGACGCAGACUCGGUCCUAGUCACAUACAACGGUCUGGCACCCAAAACGGAUACCUACACUCACGAAGACGGGCGAACCCUCGUCCUGCUAUGUCUGCACGGGACAAUACCCAUCAAAUUCCGGAAUGUGACCUACAACAUCCCGAUAGCAGCCUGGGUGCCAUAUGCCUACCCAACGCAGCCACCAAUAUGCUUCGUGACGCCCACCUCGUCGAUGCUGGUGCGGGCCAGUAAACAUGUGGAUUUGAGCGGGAAGAUAUAUCACCCCUAUUUGGCGUAUUGGCAUAUGAAUACAGAGGAGUCGAAUCUGUUGACAUUCAUGCAUGUCCUGCAGGACAUCUUCGCCGCGGAACCCCCCGUCUACACGAAACCAAGCAAUGCCGCCCCAACACCACAACAACCACCCGCGCAAACGGGUCAGAAUUACGGACCGCCAGGGUACUCAGCAUCCCCAACACCAUCCAACCCCAACGUGGGGUCUCAACAAAGCGGAUAUCCCCCACAGCGGCCCCAGCAACAUCCCCAACAGCAGCAGCAGCAAAUGUACACCCAACACCCCCCCUCCCAUCCCCAACAGCAGCAACAACAGCAACAACAAUAUCAAAACCAAAACCCCGCCCUACCCCCUCAAGUCCUCAUGCCCGACCCCCGCCGCCACACAACCCCACCUCCCUCCCAACACACCCAACAACAACCCCCACCUAUCCCCCCACCCCCCGCCUACCCCACCUCCCGCGACGGCAGCCCCCACCCCACCCGUCUCCCCCACACGCCACCACCACCCCUCCCUCACAAACCCCUCGCAGCAACCCUUGACGGCCAAGCCUACCAGCACGCGACCGACGAACGCGCGCAAAAAUUACAGAACGCGAAGGAAGCCGUCCGCGUGAAGUUACGAGAGAAAGAAAGGGAGUUCCAGAACCAGGUGCCGCCCGAGAUUGAACGGUUGUUGCAUGUGAAUCGGAAAUUGGGGGAGGGGGCGAGGAGGGUGGAGGAUUCGCUGGUCAGGUCUGCUGAGCGGGAGCAAGAAAUAAAACAAACGAUCGAAUCCCUCAAAACCCAAAACGAGACAACCGCGCAACACCUCACCGAGCUUCGCGCGCAGCCGGACGCGAAUGUGGAUGAGCUGCUUGUUCCGCCUACCGUUGUGCAUAAACAGUUGAUGGACCUCGUAGCAGAGGACCACGCGAUCGACGACACUUUAUACUACCUCGCCAAAGCGCUUGAUGCGGAGCGGGUGGAGUUGAAUGCCUACAUGAAGGCGGUGAGGACGCUUGCGAGGGAACAGUUUAUGAAACGCGCGCUGGUGGGGAAGGUUCGGGGUGUGCUUGGGUGAGGCGCCGGCAAAACGGGUGCUGAGGAUGGAAACGGAAACGGAAACGGAAUGGGUGGAUGGAGCAGCGGGGACGGGGACGGGCUUCUACGAACGUGGGGGCGAUGCGAUGCGAUGGCCCGCCCAUGGAUGGCUGCCUGCUCGCAGGAUCUACCCUCGACGUCCGGUCUCCACGCCCCUCCCCCAACCCCGCCGCUCUCGGAGAAAUCCCUCACGUCCCAACAUCUGCGUAAUCCGUAAUCC